AUGGAAUUGGCUUUAUUGGGGACUGUUAACAUCAUAGCUCAGUUAGAUUCAGCAUAUUGGAGAAAUAUACAAGAGCAUAAUGAUACCGUAACAAAAAACAGGUACGUUCUGUCAAAAAUAAUCGAUGGUAUAAAAUUUUGCGGAGCAUUUGAAUUGGCGCUACGGGACCACGACGAAACCGCGAGCUCCCAAAACCCGGGAAUAUUUCGUGGACUGAUUAAUUUUUUUGAUACAACCUUAAGCGAACACAUAAAAAAUGCUUCAAUAUUUAAAGGAACUUCGAAAGAAAUACAAAACGAUCUACUGAAUUGUAUUCUUGAAGUUUCUCAUGAAGAAAUAAUAAAACAGAUUAACAGAGCCUCGUAUUUGGCGAUAAUAGCAGAUGAAACAACGGACAUUUCGGGGAAAUCCCAAUUAGUAACAAUUUUCAGAUACGUAUUUAACGGCGAAAAGUCGCAGAAGAGAGAAACCGAGCCAGCGCAAGUUAAAACAGCUAUCUAUAAUUUUGAAAAAUGUAUUGUCGAUGUGAGAAAUAAAAUUGAUAACAUAAAAGAAGCCAAAAGUAUUUGCACUGAACCCCAAGUGAACAAAAGGAGACGACGUAAUAAUAGCAGUCACGAUCACCGAGUUGCCGCAUUAGAAGUAUGCGACAAUAUAAUUUCAAUUCAAAGAUUUGGUAGCCGCAUCCCUUUUUUCCCCGGACACUUUGGAGAAUACUGUGGUAAGUUUCCUGAUGACAAGCUGGAAACUACCUGCUUGGCUUAUCCCGAAUUAGAAAAAAGUCGUUUAAAGACAGAGUUGUCUGUUAUUUAUGCACGGAAUGAUUACCGAGAUUUACAUGGAACUCUGUCUCUUUUGAAAUUUUUGAUACAAAAUAGUUUGUAG